AUGGUCGCCCAAGUUCAAAAGCAAGCCCCAGACUUCAACAAAACCGCAGUCAUCGACGGUGUCUUCGACGAAGUCUCCCUAGAAAAAUACGAAGGUAAGUACGUCGUUCUGGCAUUCAUCCCAAUGGCAUUCACUUUCGUCUGCCCCACGGAGAUCGUCGCCUUCUCUGACGCUGCCAAGAAGUUCGAAGACAUUGGUGCUCAAGUACUUUUCGCUUCUACCGACUCUGAAUACUCCCUAUUGGCAUGGACUAACAUCCCAAGAAAGGAAGGUGGGUUAGGUCCAGUCGAUAUCCCAUUGGUUGCAGACAAGAACCACUCCCUAUCUAGAGACUACGGUGUCUUGAUCGAAGAGGAAGGUGUCGCUUUGAGAGGUCUAUUCAUCAUUGACCCAAAGAGAAAAAUUAGACAUAUCACCAUCAAUGACUUAUCUGUCGGUAGAAACGUCGAAGAAGCAUUGAGAUUGGUGGAAGGUUUCAAAUGGACCGAUGAAAAUGGUACCGUCUUGCCAUGUAAUUGGACCCCCGGUGCAGCUACCAUCAAGCCAGAAGUGGACGCUUCAAAGGAAUAUUUCCAUGCUGCUAACAAAUAA